UUGCGCUCUUUGUUCUCUCAACAUUAUCCUCGGUAACUUUCAUAUGUUGAUGAAGCGUCAAUUUCAUAGCUGGUUUCAAUGAACCAAAUCAUUAAUCCAUUGCAACCAUGAUGGAGUUGAUUCUUCCAAGUCAGACAAAAUAUGUCUCAGGACUCACUCUAGAUAGGAGAGUCACAAUUCUAGGGACACCGGAAGCGAAGAUUUUAGCAUGAUGAUUGACCGGCCUCUCUCAUGUACCGACGGACUUCUAUCCGCAUGCACAAUUCGAUGCCCAAUUCAUCAGAUUUCGGGAUAUUAAUGACGUCCAUUUUUUCCGUCACGCGCAUUUUGUAUAGCAUUUUUAAAAUCAUGCUUCUUGUCGACAGAAACUCCUUUGUCUUGAGUAGUUUACAUAAACUGUGGAAGGUAUUUCCCCGGUUACGUUUUUAUGCCUGAUCUUUCCAACUUGCAUGGGAUAUUCUAAAAGCUUCAAGACACUACGACAUGAUGUUUUCGAAAAUCAAAAGAGAUAAGAUGAAUCUUAAAGGAAUUGGUAUUAAGAAGCCCGAGGGAGCGGCAGGUUCCUCUUUUUUUGCUAUCCUUGUGGGCUUAUUUGUUGCAUUCGGUGGAGUACUCUUUGGGUACGUAUCUGCUGCGUCAUAUAGCCAUGAAAAUUAUACUCGGACUAACCAUUAGCCAAAUAGAUAUGAUACUGGAACAAUCGGUGGCAUUAUAACCAUGCGCUACUGGCUUGAUACUUUCUCUACAGGAUAUAUCGAUCCCAAAACUGGUCAACUAGGCAUCACUUCUGGUGAAUCAUCCUUGAUUGUAUCAAUUCUAUCAGCAGGAACACUUUUUGGAGCUCUUUUCGCGGCCCCAGCAGCCGAUUGGACAGGAAGGCGCAUUUCACUUUAUAUUAGUCUAUGCGUGUUUUCCUUUGGGGUCAUUUUGCAGACGGCUUCAGUUGAUAUCCCCUUGUUUGUGUCAGGAAGGUUCUUUGCUGGUUUUGGAGUUGGCAUGGUUUCUAUGCUAGGUAUGCGAAUUCUGUACGUGAUGUGAUUUGAAUGUGCUAACAUAUAAUGUAGUGCCUCUGUAUCAAUCUGGUAAGCUGCGUUGACUAUACAAAGUCAUGUGUGUGAUCUAACUGUGACUAGAAACGGCACCGAAGUGGAUUAGAGGAGCUAUUGGUAGGGAACCCUUGCAUAACAUGAUUCCUUUAUUUAGCCUUUGUUCAUCGCUAACAGAAAUUAGUGGGUGCCUAUCAACUUGCCAUAACAAUUGGAUUGUUACUUGCAGCAGUUAUUGACAACGCUACCAAAGAUCUCGAUAAUACUGGAUCGUACAGAAUUCCAAUAGCUGUUCGUAAGUUAGCACUCUAUGCCCUCUUAAUAGGUAGUCAGAAUGGAGCCCAACAACUAACUAAAUUCGUGCAGAAUUUGCUUGGGUUAUUAUUUUAGGAACAGGGCUUUUAUUUCUCCCCGAAACCCCUCGUUAUCUGAUUAAACGUGGUAGACACGAUAAAGCGGCGGAGUCGCUUGGUCGACUUCGAAGAUUAGAUGUGAACGACCCUCACUUGAUUGCCGAACUUCAGGAAAUCGAGUCUAACUAUAUCCAUGAACAAACUUUGGCUAAGGGAUCUUCAUAUCUACAAUUUUUAAAAUGGCAUACUUUGGGUAAAAGGUGCUCUUCACAUCUUCAACACUAAAGCUCUCUAUUAUAUACUGACAUACUACAGACUUCUGACAGGUUGCUGUCUUCAAGCUCUCCAGCAACUAACUGGUAUUAACUUUAUCUUCUACUACGGUACUUCAUUCUUCGCUGCUUCAGGAAUUAAAGAACCUUUCGUCACAAGUAUGAUAACAUCAUCCGUCAACGUCAUUUCAACAUUACCCGGUCUCUAUCUUGUCGAAGCAUGGGGCCGACGCCGCCUCCUUCUCUUCGGUGCUAUCGGAAUGUUCGUCUGUCAAAUGAUAGUCGCUAGCGUGGGCACCGCCUUCCCAAACGGCGACAACCUAGCCGCGCAAAAAGCCCUCGUGGCAUUCGUAUGCAUCUACAUAUUUUUCUUCGCCAGCAGCUGGGGCCCCGUCGGAUGGAUCAUCCCCGGAGAAAUAUUCCCCCUCCCAGUCCGCGCAAAAGGUAUCUCCAUCACCACGGCCUCGAACUGGCUCUUGAACUGGGCCAUUGCCUAUUCUACCCCUUAUUUGGUUAACCCUGGACCCGGGAAUGCGAAUCUACAGGCUAAGAUCUUCUUUGUGUGGGGUGGAUGCUGUUUGUUGUGUGCGGUGUUUGUUUACUUUUUCAUCUAUGAGACUAAGGGUCUUAGUUUGGAGGAGGUCGAUGAGUUGUAUGAGAGUGUGAGUAAGGCGUGGAAGAGUACGAAUUGGGAGCCGGUAGAGGGGUAUGGCAAGGAAUGGAGGGGUGUUCGGAAUGCGGAUGGAAAUGGAAGUGGGAGUGCGGACGGGAACGGGUUGAUUCAGGAAGAAAAGAAGGCGUCGGCCAAUCAGGGAGAGGGUGUUGCUUGAGUGAAGAUGCGCAUCACUAUUGGUGUUGGAUUGGAGGAUGUGUGUGGAAUUUCGUUGUGUUAACGUAAUCACGCUGGUGGUGUAGGAGACUUGGGAAGACCUGAUUGUUAUCUUUUUUUGGGCGGUAAACAUUGAGCAAGUUAUUUAUUAGUUCUUCCACAAUCUGUUCUAGCAUAGUUUCAUUGGUUGGAGACAUUAUUAUACCUAGCUCAAGAUUUUUUGCUUUUUGC